ACCGCAUUUCCCUCCAACCUCACCUCAUCGCGAGGGUUGUGGAAAGUGAUUUGCUUCUCUUUCUCGCAUCUCUGCUGCGGUCUGAGGGCUGACUCCUAUUCGAACGCGUGCUCUGAGCGCGCUCCUGAGCCGGAGAGCUUCCUUCGACUUUGCGCUCUCAACUCUACCUCGAUUGCCGUCCUACUUCGAGGGUGACGACUGUCCUCCAUCUCGACAUCAUGUCGUCUCUUCCUCCCCCGCCGCCGGGAUGGGCUCCUCCUCCACCGCCUGGCGCACCUCCAGGAAUGUCUCUCGCGCCUCCCCCCCCGGGAUACCGGCCUCCCGUCGACCCCCAAGUCGCGAAGUUUGCGCAGAAGAAGAAGGAAUGGCUGCGCAUGCAACGCCAGCGGUACGGCGAGAAGCGCAAGGGCGGGUUCAUUGAAACACAAAAGGCGGAUAUGCCCCCGGAGCAUCUCCGCAAGAUCGUCAAGGAUAUCGGAGACGUGUCGCAGAAGAAGUUCAGCAGCGACAAGCGCAGCUACCUUGGGGCGUUGAAGUUCAUGCCACAUGCUGUCCUCAAGUUGCUGGAGAAUAUGCCGAUGCCGUGGGAGAGCGCUAGGGAUGUGAAGGUGUUGUACCAUGUGAAUGGCUGCUUGACACUAGUCAACGAGAUUCCUCGAGUCAUCGAACCGGUCUUCCAUGCGCAGUGGGCGACUAUGUGGGUUGUUAUGAGGCGAGAAAAGAGUGACAGGAGACAUUUCAAGAGAAUGCGAUUCCCGCCCUUCGACGAUGAGGAGCCACCACUUUCCUGGUCGGAGAACAUCGAAGAUGUCGACCCGCUGGAGCCAAUUCAGAUGGAACUGGACGAAAUGGAAGACGCGCCUGUGUUUGACUGGUUCUACGAGCACAAACCUCUCGGGGACUCCUCCCAUGUCAACGGACCAAGCUAUAAGGAAUGGAACCUCACGCUUCCGCAGAUGGCCACUUUACACCGUCUUAGCAGUCAGCUACUGAGUGACAUAGUCGACAAGAACUACUUCCACAUGUUUGAGCUGGAGAGCUUCUUCACCGCCAAGGCGCUGAAUGUUCCCAUCCCCGGUGGUCCACGAUUCGAGCCGCUCUACAAAGACAUCGACCCGAACGACGAAGACUUUGGAGAGUUCAAUGCCAUUGAUCGUAUCAUUUUCCGCUCUCCAAUCCGCAUCGAGUACCGAGUUGCAUUCCCGUUUCUCUACAACUCUCUCCCUCGAAGUGUGAAGCUAUCAUGGUAUUCGCAUCCACAAACUGUCUACGUCAAUACGAAAGACCCGAGCCUGCCAGCGUUCUACUUCGACCCCGUCAUCAACCCAAUAUCCUCACGAUCGGUUGCUCCAAAAAAUCUUACGAUCAGCCACGAGGACGACAUCUUUGGCGCUGAUAACAAUGAGGAUGACGAAUUUGAGUUUCCCGAGGAGGUCGAUCCUUUCUUUGACGAUGAGGAGCUUUACACAGACGAGACCUCGUCUGCUAUUGCUCUAUGGUGGGCCCCGUUCCCAUUCAACAAGCGAUCUGGAAAGAUGGUUAGAGCGCAAGACGUACCAUUGGUGAAACAGUGGUAUCUCGAGCACGUUCCAAAAGAUCAGCCCGUCAAGGUACGGGUGUCUUAUCAGAAGCUGUUGAAGACAUAUGUGCUCAACGAGCUUCACAAAAAGCAGCCCAAGGCUCAAAACAAGCAGAACUUGAUGCGUUCGCUUAAGUCGACGAAGUUUUUCCAGCAGACUACCAUUGAUUGGGUCGAAGCCGGUCUCCAAGUCUGUAGGCAGGGCUUCAACAUGCUCAACUUGUUGAUUCAUCGCAAGAAUCUUACCUAUCUUCAUCUCGACUACAACUUCAACCUGAAGCCCAUUAAAACUUUGACGACAAAGGAACGCAAGAAGUCUCGCUUUGGAAACGCGUUUCAUCUAAUGCGAGAAAUCUUGCGUUUGACGAAGCUUAUCGUGGAUGCACAAGUCCAAUAUCGGCUUGGCAACAUCGACGCUUUCCAGCUUGCGGACGGUAUCCUCUACGCCUUCAACCAUGUUGGGCAGCUGACUGGUAUGUACCGUUACAAGUACAAACUUAUGCAUCAGAUUCGAUCCUGCAAAGACUUGAAGCAUCUGAUAUAUUAUCGCUUCAACUCUGGCACCGUCGGAAAAGGACCCGGAUGCGGUUUCUGGGCACCGGCUUGGCGUGUCUGGCUGUUCUUCAUGAGGGGAAUUAUUCCUCUGCUGGAGCGCUGGCUCGGUAACCUUCUGUCCCGUCAAUUCGAAGGACGACACAGCAAGGGUGUAGCAAAGACCGUGACGAAGCAACGUGUGGAGUCACAUUUCGAUCUUGAGCUCCGUGCAGCAGUCAUGACUGAUCUCAUGGACAUGAUGCCAGAGGGUAUCAAGCAGAACAAGGUCAAUACGGUCCUUCAGCAUUUGUCCGAAGCAUGGAGAUGCUGGAAGAGUAACAUCCCGUGGAAGGUUCCCGGACUUCCUGCUCCGAUUGAGAACAUUAUUCUGCGUUACGUCAAGAGUAAAGCUGAUUGGUGGAUAUCCGUCGCCCAUUACAAUCGCGAGAGAAUUCGACGAGGCGCCACUGUCGAUAAGACUGUCGCCAAGAAGAACUUGGGACGGUUGACUCGUUUGUGGUUGAAGGCUGAACAAGAGAGGCAGCACAAUUACAUGAAGGAUGGUCCCUACGUGUCCUCGGAGGAGGCUGUUGCCAUCUACACAACUACUGUUCAUUGGCUUGAGUCUAGGAAGUUCCAACCUAUUCCUUUCCCAAGCGUUUCCUACAAACACGACACCAAAAUCCUGAUCCUGGCCUUGGAGCGUCUCCGCGAAGCCUAUUCCGUCAAGGGACGUCUUAAUCAGAGUCAGCGAGAAGAGUUGGCCUUGAUUGAACAGGCUUAUGACUCUCCUGGAACUACCCUGGCCCGAAUCAAGCGAUUCUUACUUACUCAGCGUGCAUUCAAGGAGGUCGGCAUUGAUAUGAACGACAAUUACAGCACUAUCAACCCUGUGUAUGACAUCGAGCCGAUCGAGAAGAUUACCGAUGCCUACCUCGAUCAGUAUCUCUGGUACCAGGCUGAUCAGCGACAUCUCUUCCCUGCCUGGAUCAAACCUUCGGACUCUGAAGUACCACCUCUACUGACCUACAAAUGGGCGCAAGGCAUCAACAAUCUCGAUAAAGUCUGGGAAUAUCAGGAUGGCGAAUGCAACGUCAUGAUCGAGACACAACUUUCGAAAGUCUACGAGAAGAUCGAUCUAACACUACUGAAUCGACUUCUACGAUUGAUCAUGGAUCACAAUCUGGCGGAUUACAUCACCUCGAAGAACAACGUGCAGCUCAACUACAAGGACAUGAACCAUACCAACAGCUAUGGUAUGAUUCGAGGUCUGCAGUUCUCGGCUUUUGUGUUCCAGUACUAUGGCCUCGUCAUUGAUCUACUUCUGCUUGGUCUUCAGCGUGCAAGUGAAAUUGCCGGUCCACCACAGAGUCCCAAUGACUUCCUUCAGUUCCGCGAUCGCCCUACUGAAACUAGGCACCCUAUCCGUCUCUAUACUAGGUAUAUCGACCGCAUCUGGGUCUUCUUCAGGUUUUCGGCGGACGAGUCUCGGGAUCUCAUUCAACGUUUCCUUACCGAGCAGCCCGAUCCCAACUUUGAGAACGUCAUUGGAUAUCGUAACAAGAAAUGCUGGCCUCGAGACUCAAGAAUGCGUCUGAUGCGUCACGACGUCAACCUUGGUCGUGCCGUUUUCUGGGACAUGAAGAACCGCCUUCCUCGAUCGGUCACCACGAUCGACUGGGAUGAUACAUUUGCGAGCGUAUACAGCCGCGACAACCCAAAUCUUCUAUUCUCGAUGUGUGGAUUUGAAGUCCGCAUUCUUCCUAAGAUUCGCAACCUCACAGAGGAGUUCCCGGUCAAAGACAGCGUGUGGUCGCUCGUGGACAACACCUCCAAGGAACGAACCGCACAUGCCUUCUUGCAAGUCACUGAAGAGGACAUUCAAAAGUUCAACAACCGAAUUCGUCAAAUUUUGAUGUCCUCUGGCUCGACGACAUUUACAAAGAUCGCCAACAAGUGGAACACCAGUCUGAUCGCGCUCUUCACUUAUUACCGUGAAGCAGCUGUGUCAACGAUCAACUUGCUUGAUACCAUUGUCAAGUGCGAAACUAAGAUCCAGACUAGGGUGAAGAUUGGGUUGAACUCCAAGAUGCCGUCUCGUUUCCCUCCUGCUGUGUUCUAUACGCCGAAGGAGCUUGGUGGUCUUGGCAUGAUCUCCGGGUCACAUAUCCUCAUUCCCACGAGCGAUAAGCGCUGGUCCAAGCAAACCGACACUGGCGUCACGCAUUACCGUGCUGGUAUGAGCCAUGACGAAGAAACACUCAUUCCCAACAUUUUCCGAUACAUCAUUCCCUGGGAGUCGGAGUUCAUUGAUUCGCAGCGUGUCUGGAUGGAGUACUCCCAAAAGCGUCAAGAAGCUAACCAACAGAACCGCCGUUUGACCUUGGAAGAUCUUGAGGACAGCUGGGACCGAGGUCUUCCUCGUAUCAACACCCUUUUCCAGAAGGAUCGAAGUACAUUGAGCUUUGACAAGGGCUUCAGAGCUCGAACAGAGUUCAAGACGUAUCAGCACAUGAAGAGUAAUCCCUUUUGGUGGACGAGUCAGCGACAUGACGGCAAAUUAUGGAAUCUGAAUGCCUACCGAACCGAUGUUAUCCAAGCGCUUGGAGGUGUAGAGACCAUUCUUGAGCAUACCCUUUUCAAGGCUACCGCGUUCCCGUCAUGGGAAGGUCUCUUCUGGGAGAAGGCCUCCGGUUUUGAAGAAUCGAUGAAGUUCAAGAAACUCACCAACGCUCAGCGCUCUGGUCUAAACCAGAUUCCCAAUCGUCGCUUCACUCUUUGGUGGUCACCCACAAUCAAUCGUGCUAAUGUGUACGUUGGUUUCCAGGUGCAGCUUGAUUUGACGGGCAUCUUCCUCCAUGGAAAGAUUCCGACUCUCAAGAUCUCCUUAAUCCAGAUUUUCCGUGCCCAUUUAUGGCAGAAGAUCCACGAGUCUGUCGUCAUGGACUUGUGUCAAGUCUUUGAUCAAGAGUUGGAUGCACUGGGCAUCGAAACUGUCCAGAAGGAAACUAUUCAUCCGAGAAAGUCUUACAAGAUGAACAGCUCUUGCGCCGAUAUCCUGCUCUUUGCCAGCCACAAAUGGAGUGUUACCAACCCGUCGUUGCUAUACGACACCAAGGAUCAGAUGAGCUCCACCACGACCAACAAGUUCUGGGUCGAUAUUCAGCUUCGAUAUGGUGACUACGAUUCUCACGACAUCGAGCGAUAUGUGCGUGCCAAGUACCUCGACUACACCACUGACAGCAUGAGUAUCUAUCCUUCUGCAACGGGUCUGAUGAUCGGCAUCGAUCUCGCCUACAACCUCUACUCUGCAUAUGGGCAGUACUUCCCCGGUCUUAAGCAGCUCGUUCAGCAAGCCAUGGCCAAGAUCAUGAAGGCCAACCCAGCUCUUUAUGUGCUGAGGGAACGUAUCCGGAAAGGUCUGCAGCUUUAUGCUUCAGAGAGCAACCAGGAGUUCCUAAACUCGCAAAACUACUCGGAGCUCUUCAGCAACCAGGUGCAGCUUUUCAUCGACGAUACCAACGUUUAUCGUGUCACUAUCCACAAGACGUUCGAAGGCAACUUGACCACCAAACCAAUCAACGGCGCAAUCUUCAUCUUCAACCCUAGAACUGGACAGCUCUUCCUCAAGAUUAUCCACACGAGCGUUUGGGCUGGUCAAAAGCGUCUUGGGCAAUUGGCCAAAUGGAAGACUGCCGAAGAAGUAGCAGCUCUUAUUCGAUCCCUCCCCGUUGAAGAACAGCCUAAGCAGCUCAUCGUUACGCGUAAGGGUCUGUUAGAUCCUCUAGAGGUCCAUUUGCUCGACUUCCCGAACAUUUCCAUUCGCGCCUCCGAAUUGCAGCUUCCAUUCCAGGCUGCAAUGAAGGUUGAAAAGUUGGGUGAUAUGAUCCUCCGAGCAACUGAGCCUCAGAUGGUGCUGUUCAAUCUCUACGACGAGUGGCUGAAGACGAUCUCGUCGUACACCGCUUUCUCACGUCUAAUCUUGAUUUUGCGCGCCCUGCACGUAAACCAAGACAAGACGAAGCUACUCCUCCGUCCGGACAAGACUGUUAUCACACAGGAGCAUCACAUUUGGCCAACUCUGUCGGACGAGGACUGGAUCAAGGUCGAAGUGCAGCUUCGUGAUUUGAUCCUGAACGACUAUGGCAAAAAGAACAACGUCAAUGUCUCGUCGCUCACGAGCAGCGAAGUCCGAGACAUCAUCCUCGGAAUGGAAAUUUCUGCUCCUUCCAUGCAGCGCCAACAGGCUGCGGAAAUCGAGAAGCAGCAGGAAGAGCAAGCGCAGCUCACAGCUGUGACCACGAAGACACAGAACGUGCUCGGCGAAGAUAUUAUUGUCACGACAACUUCGGCCUACGAAACAGCCAACUUCGCCUCAAAGACAGAGUGGCGAACCCGUGCGAUUGCAACGUCCAACCUGCGAACCCGUGCGAAUAACAUCUACAUCAACUCUGAAGAUGUGAAGGAAGAGAGCCACUUUACUUAUGUCAUGCCGAAGAAUAUUCUCAAGCGUUUCAUUACCAUCGCAGAUUUGCGAACCCAAGUCGCAGGUUACUUGUACGGUUCUUCUCCUCCCGACAACGACCAAGUGAAGGAGAUACGCACUAUCGUCAUGGUUCCCCAAAGCGGUGGCACUCGCGAUGUUGCGCUGCCACGAGAGCUGCCCCGACAUGAAUAUCUCGACAAACUGGAACCGCUCGGUAUCAUUCACACGGUCAGCGGUAACGAGCCGCCGUACAUGCAAGCCAGCGACGUCACUCAACACGCGAAGUUGAUGGCGGCGCACCCAUCCUGGGACAAGAAGACGGUCUCUAUGACGGUUUCUUUCACGCCAGGCUCCGUGUCUCUUGCGGCAUGGGCUCUGACGCCACAAGGCUACAAAUGGGGAGCGGACAACAAAGACAUGAUGUCGGACAGCCCAGCCGGGUUCUCAACCGCCUUUGGCGACAAGUGCCAGCUACUGUUGAGCGACAAGAUCAGGGGUUACUUCCUUGUGCCGGAAAACAACAUCUGGAACUAUUCAAUCCAGGGCGCCAACUUUACCACAGUGGAAAAGAAGCCGGUUUGGGUGAAGCUGGAUACGCCAGCGAGGUACUAUGAUGCGAUUCAUCGGCCGCUGCAUUUCCAGAACUUCUCAGAGUUGGAAGAUGUGUGGGUUGAUAGGGAGGAUCAGUUUGAGUGAGGAGGAUGACUGAGACUGGAUACGAGGGGUAUGUGUCUGCGGAUUGCAUUUGCCCGCGGCGGGAAGGCGGGGCGUGGGCGUUUCGGGCACUUCUUUCUCUUCAACUGCCCUGGAGAUUGUGUUACUGCCGGGGAUCGAUGGGAUGAAGGGUUGAAGGAGG